ACCAGUUGGCCUUCCCCUCAUAUAUAGAGCUAGUUCAAUUCAAUACUCUCCUAUGAACAAAAGGAAUAUAUAUAUUGACAUAUCACCAUCUCUCUCUCUCUCUCUCGAUUGAAUGAAUGCUGAUUUAAGCCCGUGGCCUUCGCUCCUUCCUUCGGUUAUUCCUCUCCAUUGAACAACACACAGAUUCAAAAAAAAAAAAAAGCUCAUUCUCACAAGUGGAUAAGAACCUCUUAAUCCACCCCCACCAAUUAAGGAAUCCCCUAAUAUUGCCAAGUCUCACUCCGGAUAUGAGAUUUAAUCUCAUCCUAAUCUCUCCCAAUUUUUACUUAUACUGAGAGAAAAAAGAGCAUCAAUACACACACAUACAAAGCUCUUAACCUCUUGAUCUUCUCAAAAUCAAAAACACCUUGUUUUGGCUAAUGGGUGUCCUCAGUUUCCUCUAUCUCAUCAACCCAAUCAGUUUUGAAGCAUAGAGCUCAAGCUAUAUAUAUAUAUAUAGUUAUAAUUUGUUUUCAUUAUUUUUGAGCUUGCACUGUGUCCAUGGACUAUCUCAGAGAGCUAGAAGGCAAAAGAGCUCAUGAUAUGAAGUCUCCGAGACGAGUGUGUGUCCCCGGUCCGGUCAUCGUUGGGGCUGGACCCUCAGGCCUCGCCGUGGCGGCAUGUCUGAAAGAGAGAGGUGUACCAAGUAUAAUUCUAGAGAGAGAGAACUGUAUAGCUUCUCUAUGGCAGCUCAAGAGCUAUGAUCGUCUACGGCUUCAUCUUCCAAAGCAAUUCUGUGAGCUUCCACUCAUGCCUUUCCCUGAAGACUUCCCAACUUAUCCCACCAAACAGCAGUUCACAAAGUACUUGGAACAGUUCUCGGAGAGGUUUGAUAUUAGGCCGGUGUUUAACCGGUCGGUGGAGUGCGCGGAGUUUGAUGGGAAGCUCGGGUUUUGGCGCGUGAGGAGCGUGGGAUUGAAGGGGGAGGAGGAGAGGGAGUAUGUGUGCAGGUGGUUGGUGGUUGCGACCGGUGAGAAUGCGGAGGCGGUGGUGCCGGAGAUUGAUGGGAAGGAGGAGUUUGGUGGGCCUAUAGUGCAUACAAGCUUGUAUAAGAGUGGUGAUGCGUUUCGAGGGAAGAGGGUUUUGGUUGUUGGUUGUGGGAAUUCAGGAAUGGAAGUGUGUUUGGAUCUCUGCAAUCAUGAUGCUAACCCUUCCAUUGUGGUUAGAGAUAAAGUACAUGUCCUACCACGAGAGAUGCUAGGAAGAUCAACUUUUGGGCUGUCCAUGUGGUUGCUCAAGUGGUUGCCCAUGCACCUUGUCGAUCGCUUCUUGCUCAUUUCCUCGAGGCUCCUCCUCGGUGACACUGCCCGGUUUGGCCUCCCCCGGCCACGGCUGGGCCCCCUCGAGCUCAAGAACUUGUCAGGGAAGACGCCGGUGUUGGACGUGGGGACCCUGGCCAAGAUCAAAAGUGGAGACAUCAAGGUCUGUCCAGGAAUUCGACGAUUGACGCGUCACACCGUUGAGUUUGUGGGUGGGAUAAAGGAAAAUUUUGAUGCAAUCAUCUUAGCAACCGGUUACAAAAGCAAUGUACCAUUUUGGCUGAAGGAUAGAGAGAUGUUUUCGGAGGAGGAUGGCCUACCCCGGAGGCCAUUUCCAAAUGGUUGGAAAGGCGAGUGUGGGCUAUACGCGGUGGGGUUCACUAAGAAAGGCUUGCUUGGCGCGUCAAUGGAUGCUAAAAGGAUAGCAGAAGACGUUGAAAGGUGUUGGAAAGCUGAGACAAAGCAUUCAACAGCCUUCGCGGGCUCACUUAUGCCAUAACAACGAUUUUGGUUGAGUUAGAACCACAUAUUUGAUUGAAGCUGCCUGCUAGAGAUGAUUGCAAUUGGUGUAGCCAUUGGCACAACAAUGUCGGUACCAAUUAAGAUCAGUGGCUAGCUAGUACUCCAAUUGAGGGAAAAGAAGAAAAGUAAAAGAGUGCUAGACUGAGAAGAGUGCUAUCUUUUCAUUGACACCAUGCAGGCCUUGGAAGGAGGAUAUGAGAGAGAAAAAGAAAGAUGGGGGACCUCAUCAACUACAUCUGUACAUCUGUUGUACAUUGCCAUUUUGCUCUAAUUGUUAGGUAUGACUUUUAGAGAGAUAAAAGAAGGGGCCAUGUUGUAGCUACCUAGCUGGGUUUUUUUUUUUUUUUUCGAUAACCAGGGUGUUCGGGGAUUCGUCCUGACUAAUCUAUGGGACCUGUGUUUGGGAUUUGCUUGCAGAUUGAGAUUUGAUUGUGAUUAACCUAUAAUUUACAUGGGAUUUGGGAUGGGGUGAGACUUGAGGGUAUAACAAUAUGUGUUAGUCUUGUACUCUUGAUGAUUUUCCAGUUUUGGGGCUUGUAUGGAGGGUGACUUUUAAGGAUACAUGAAUUCUAAUUAAAAUUUGACAGUGGAACUUCUGUACCAAA